AUGCAUCCUCCAGAAACCACCACCAAGAUGGCUUCAGUUCGGUUCAUGGUGACACCAACAAAGAUCGAUGACAUUCCUGGUUUGUCAGAUACCAGCCCGGACCUCAGCUCCCGGUCCAGUUCCCGAGUAAGAUUUAGCUCACGGGAAAGUGUGCCGGAAACAAGCCGGAGUGAGCCCAUGAGUGAGAUGUCCGGAGCCACCACUUCACUGGCAACUGUUGCACUGGAUCCGGCUAGUGACCGGACUUCUAACCCCCAGGAUGUCACGGAGGACCCGAGUCAGAACUCCAUCACAGGGGAACACAGCCAGCUGUUAGAUGAUGGGCAUAAUAAGAAAGCUCGAAAUGCUUAUCUCAAUAAUUCCAAUUAUGAAGAAGGAGAUGAAUAUUUUGAUAAAAACCUGGCACUCUUUGAGGAAGAAAUGGACACAAGACCAAAGGUAUCUUCUCUCCUCAACCGUAUGGCCAAUUAUACUAAUCUGACACAAGGAGCGAAGGAACAUGAAGAGGCAGAGAACAUCACUGAGGGGAAAAAGAAGCCCACCAAGACCCCUCAAAUGGGUACUUUCAUGGGUGUCUACCUCCCCUGUCUACAAAAUAUUUUUGGAGUGAUCUUGUUUCUACGCCUUACAUGGGUUGUGGGCACGGCAGGCGUUCUUCAGGCCUUCGCAAUCGUCCUUAUCUGCUGCUGCUGUACAAUGUUGACUGCUAUCUCCAUGAGUGCCAUUGCCACUAAUGGAGUGGUGCCAGCUGGAGGCUCAUACUUCAUGAUUUCCCGGGCCCUGGGCCCAGAGUUUGGUGGGGCUGUUGGCCUCUGCUUUUAUCUUGGUACCACAUUUGCAGCAGCCAUGUAUAUCCUUGGUGCCAUUGAAAUUUUUCUGGUAUAUAUUGUCCCCCGAGCUGCCAUCUUUCGUAGCGAUGAUGCACUCAAGGAAUCAGCAGCCAUGCUAAAUAACAUGCGUGUCUAUGGCACCGCGUUCUUGGUUCUCAUGGUAUUGGUGGUAUUCAUCGGUGUGCGCUAUGUGAACAAGUUUGCCUCACUUUUCCUGGCCUGUGUCAUUGUGUCCAUCUUGGCCAUCUAUGCUGGAGCCAUCAAGUCUUCUUUUGCCCCUCCACACUUCCCGGUCUGCAUGCUGGGUAACCGCACCCUUUCAUCAAGACACAUUGAUAUUUGCUCUAAGACCAAGGAAAUUAACAACAUGACAGUACCAUCAAGGUUAUGGGGCUUCUUCUGUAACUCAAGUCAGUUUUUCAAUGCCACCUGUGAUGAAUACUUUGUUCACAAUAAUGUCACUUCAAUCCAGGGCAUUCCUGGAUUGGCUAGUGGUGUCAUUACAGAGAAUCUUUGGAGUAAUUACCUACCAAAGGGAGAGAUCAUUGAAAAGCCCUCAGCCAAAUCUUCUGAUGUCUUGGGCAGCUUAAACCAUGAGUAUGUCCUUGUUGACAUCACCACCUCUUUUACUCUUCUGGUGGGGAUCUUCUUUCCUUCUGUCACAGGUAUCAUGGCUGGAUCAAACAGAUCUGGAGAUCUGAAAGAUGCUCAAAAGUCUAUUCCCAUUGGCACUAUCCUCGCCAUCCUGACCACCUCCUUUGUCUAUUUAAGCAAUGUUGUCCUUUUUGGUGCCUGUAUUGAAGGUGUUGUUCUCAGAGACAAGUUUGGGGAUGCUGUGAAAGGUAAUCUGGUGGUGGGUACCUUAUCUUGGCCAUCCCCAUGGGUGAUUGUUAUUGGCUCCUUCUUCUCCACAUGUGGGGCUGGACUUCAGAGUCUCACAGGUGCACCAAGGCUGCUCCAGGCUAUAGCCAAGGAUAACAUCAUACCCUUUCUGAGGGUUUUUGGUCACAGCAAAGCCAAUGGGGAACCUACCUGGGCUUUACUUCUAACUGCCGCCAUUGCAGAGCUGGGAAUCCUUAUCGCCUCCCUGGAUCUUGUGGCCCCAAUUCUUUCUAUGUUUUUCCUCAUGUGUUACCUCUUUGUGAACUUGGCAUGUGCCUUGCAAACAUUACUUCGAACACCCAACUGGAGACCCCGGUUUCGCUACUACCACUGGGCCCUCUCUUUCAUGGGAAUGAGUAUCUGUCUGGCUCUGAUGUUCAUUUCUUCCUGGUAUUACGCUAUUGUAGCUAUGGUGAUAGCUGGUAUGAUCUACAAGUACAUCGAGUACCAAGGAGCGGAGAAAGAAUGGGGUGAUGGAAUCCGUGGGCUGUCCCUCAGUGCAGCCCGAUUUGCUUUGCUUCGGCUGGAGGAAGGACCUCCACACACUAAAAACUGGAGGCCUCAGUUGCUUGUAUUGCUGAAACUAGAUGAAGACUUACACGUCAAGCAUCCUCGCCUCCUCACCUUUGCUUCACAGCUUAAAGCAGGAAAGGGCCUCACUAUUGUGGGCUCUGUUAUCGUGGGGAACUUCCUGGAGAACUACGGGGAAGCUCUAGCUGCUGAGCAGACCAUAAAGCAUCUAAUGGAGGCAGAGAAGGUGAAAGGGUUCUGCCAGCUGGUGGUGGCGGCCAAGCUGAGAGAGGGCAUUUCCCACCUCAUCCAGUCAUGUGGCCUUGGGGGCAUGAAGCACAACACCGUGGUGAUGGGAUGGCCUAAUGGCUGGCGCCAGAGUGAAGAUGCUCGAGCUUGGAAGACUUUUAUUGGUACAGUUCGAGUGACAACUGCUGCCCAUCUGGCCCUGCUGGUGGCUAAAAACAUCUCCUUCUUUCCCAGCAACGUGGAGCAGUUUUCUGAGGGCAACAUUGAUGUGUGGUGGAUUGUGCAUGAUGGGGGGAUGCUCAUGCUCUUACCAUUCCUACUUAAACAGCACAAGGUGUGGCGAAAAUGCAGCAUACGGAUCUUCACAGUAGCCCAGUUAGAAGACAAUAGUAUUCAGAUGAAGAAGGACCUGGCCACCUUCCUCUAUCACCUGCGCAUUGAGGCAGAGGUGGAGGUGGUGGAGAUGCAUGACAGUGACAUUUCAGCUUAUACUUAUGAGCGCACCCUGAUGAUGGAGCAGAGAUCCCAGAUGCUCCGGCACAUGCGACUGUCCAAAACCGAGCGGGACAGAGAGGCACAGUUGGUGAAAGACCGGAACUCAAUGCUGCGAUUGACCAGCAUUGGCUCUGAUGAGGAUGAAGAGACAGAAACCUAUCAGGAGAAGGUGCACAUGACUUGGACAAAAGACAAGUACAUGGCAUCCCGGGGACAAAAGGCCAAGUCGAUGGAAGGAUUCCAGGACCUGCUUAACAUGCGUCCGGACCAGUCCAAUGUGAGAAGGAUGCAUACAGCAGUGAAACUCAAUGAGGUUAUAGUUAACAAGUCCCAUGAAGCAAAGCUUGUUUUGUUGAAUAUGCCAGGGCCACCUCGAAACCCUGAGGGUGAUGAAAACUACAUGGAGUUCCUAGAAGUGCUCACCGAGGGACUAGAGCGAGUCCUCCUUGUCCGAGGUGGUGGCAGUGAAGUGAUCACCAUUUAUUCAUAA